CCUUCAUCUCAGGAGGGUUGAGCCCACGGACACAGAAGGCCUUCUAUCUCUCAGCGCACUGGAAGACAAUUUUAUUCAGCUCCUUCCUCAUCCCUAGCACCGACUAUGUACUCCGCUGGCUUGGAGAUCCUCGGGAUCAUCCUGGCUGUGGCUGGCUGGCUGGGGGUAAUGGUGGCCUGCGGCCUGCCCAUGUGGAGAGUAGCGGCUUACAUCGGCCAGAACAUUGUCAUUUCUCAGGUUAUCUGGGAAGGCUUGUGGAUGAACUGUUCUGUGCAGAGCACGGGCCAGAUGCACUGCAAGAUCCACGAAUCCAUGCUGGGGCUUCCAGUUGACCUGCAAGCAGCUCGUGCCUUGGUCAUCGUCUCUAUGGUUCUUUGCAUUGUGGGCAUCACUCUGUCUGUGGCUGGUGCCAAGUGCACCAACUGUAGCCGGGAUGUGAGCAGUAAACCUCGCCUCAUGGUGGCUGCUGGGGUGACCUUUGUGGUGGCUGGACUGCUGCUUCUUGUGGCUGUGUCCUGGACAGCCCACGCCAUUGUUUUGGGCUUCUAUGACCCUAUGCUGGAGGAGACGGGGAAGAGGGAGUUUGGUAAUGCUCUGUACUUUGGUUGGGCUGCUUCCUGCCUGCUCAUUCUAGGGGGAGCGUUACUCUGCUGCUCCUGUCCACGCAGAUCAGUCACAGUGCCGAGCGGUGGUGACUCUGCACCUUCCCGCAUCGACUAUUCAACUGUAAAAACAAUGCCAGUGAAUGGAUACACCAGAAGAGACUAUGUAUGA